GAUUGCCUGGCCAUGCUACUAGCUAUUGUGCAGCCAUGCCUGAAGUAAGAUGCAAUAAUUGUGGUGGCCAUGUAUCUGGCAGAAAUGGAUGGUUUCAAAAAACAAGCUGGAUAGAUAAAUGUAAUGAUUGUCAGGCAAAAGAAUAUGAAGAGCAGCGGAGGAUUAAUGAGGCAAACAUUCAGCAGAGGAGGGAUGAAUUACAAGCUCAAAUGGAAAGACAUAGAAAAGAAAUGGAGUUGGAGAGGGAAAAGGCUCAAAAUGAGAGGGAACGGAAGCGACUCGAAAUUGAAUCAGCAGAAAAGUUAAAAGAGUUGCAGUUGAGAGCUGAUCAGGAAAUAGAAAAGAUGAAAACUGAAGUAAGGCUAGCAGAGGAAGAAAGUAAGAAAAUUAUAGAAAUGAAAAGGAUAGAAACUGAGCGCAUAAUCAAGGAGAAUGAAUUAGAAACUCAAAAAGAAAUAGAAGAAAUAAAGUUAAAAGAAGAGAGUGAGCAGAAUCGAUUGCAGCGUAUAGCUGAUAGUGAAAUGCAAGAAAAGCAAUUGAAAUCGGAAGAAGAAAGGCAGGAAAAAGAGCUGAUAAAUACCAAAGCAAUAGAAGACCAUCGCACCAACACUGUGGCAGCAACAAAAAAGCAUAUUGCAGAUAAGCAGCAUCAGACAGCAGUAGAAGUAACACAGAUAAAAGCAAAAACAGCAUUAGAAGUAACACAGAUAAAAGCAAAAACAAUCAGUGAAAUGGAGAAAGAUAGAAUGAAAGCUGUUGAAAGUGCAGAAAAAAGCAGGAAUGAGCUUAUAUUCCAAAUACUCACUAGUGGUGCCAAGGUAGAUCCAGCAAUGUUACAAAUGAUGGGUGUCAAGAUGCUAGAUUCAUCUGUUUAUGAAUCUGCAGCUCCAGAAUCAAUGGCUAGCUUUAACACAACUGCAAUUGAAUCAGACCCUGAUGGUAAAAAGGAAGAAAAGGAGGAAGCAGAGAGUGAUGACAAAGAAACAAAGAGUAUCAUGGCAGUUGCUGCUGAUGAAAAUAAAGCAAUCAACUAACAAUGACCAAUUUUGACCAUUGAUAUGAUUUUGCAUUGUUUAUCUGCUAUUAACAUUAUUAAUUAAGCUGUU